ACAACUUCUUCAGUAAGCGACAUAAAACGCUGGGCGUGAAUAAAUUCUUCCCACCUUUUUUCUUUCGUUCACUCCUUUCAACCCACAGUACCGUAUUUCUCUCCUUUUCCAACCGAGAAUUACUCCUCCCAUUCUCGCCCCCACACAUUCAUUUCUUGUUGUACAUUUCCACAUAAGGUCGCCAGCUUCGACCCAUUCAUUAACCUCACCUCGUUCUUUGUGGUUGACAUCGAUUUAAGAAGACGACGUCCUUAGUCAGUCAACUUCGUUUGUGUCCAUUGUCCUUCCGUCACACGUCACACGCACACUCACGCGACCUAACCACAACUAACACGCAUUGUCCAAGGGUGCAAUAUCAAUCCUCAUCAAACUCGCAUCAUUCCUUCUGCGUCUUUGAUAGACUGCACGACCUGGUUCCCGUCCGUCUCAUCAUCAGUAUCACAACUGCGCAGAGCGUACUACACCCCGUCGACAAAUUCAUUCAUUUCUCUGACACGAUACUUUCGUUCGUCGUCUUACCCUCCUUUGACUGGACUGCUGGCACCUUAACACUCCUUCAACGGAAUUGUAACAUCAACAUAGAAUAAGGGAACAUACCAAGUACCUACUGUACCAAAUCUAUCUCACCAAGAACAUAGAAUUUUAGAUCAUCCAACAUCCCCCAAGGAAAAACUUUUCAAGAUGCUUUCCAAGGCCACCAUUCUUGCGCUUUGCGCCGCCGCCUCAGUGAAGGAAGUCGCCGCUGGCCCCUUUCACCGCCACAUUCAUCCAAAGAGAGAGAUCGUGUGGGCCGAAACUGACACUGUUGUUGUCACUGAUUAUGUGACGAUGACUGUUACUGCGGGUGAGGAAGGACCCACCGCCGAGGCCGUCCCGACUUCCUCAUCGGCCGAGGUUGAGGCCGCAUCCGAGCCCACUACUUCCCUCGCUAGCCCUACCACAUUGCCAACGACAAGCCCUGCGGCUGCUGUGCCUACCUCGGCCCCCACCACCAUCGUUACCGUGGUCAAGUCUUCCUCUUCAUCUGCCGUCGAGACCCCUACCACCAGCUCUGUUGCUGUGGCCUCGCCCGUCGUGCACGAUACCCCCACGACCACUGCUCAAGCUUCAGUUGCGGCAGUUGCCAGCACUACGUCAUCUGCUGCUGCAGCCGAGUCAUCGGUUACUACCUCUUCGACAUCUAGCUCUUCCACGGGUAAGCGAGGUGCUGCGUACAAUGAUGCCAGCCUUGUUAGCACCGUCUUAGGCUUGGGUGGCAAGCUCUCGUGGGCAUACAACUGGACCCCUGACCCCAACGGCCUCAAGGAUAGCGUUAUGUACUACCCUAUGCUUUGGUCCACCGGAUCCGACCACUCUACUGGUUGGGAUACCAAGGCCGAGGCCGCUAUUGCUCGAGGAUCCACUGCCUUCCUCAGCUUCAACGAACCUGACAUUAGCAGCCAAGCUAACAUGUCGCCUGCGGAUGCCGCUGCCGGACACAAACAGUACUUCGCCAAAUACGCUGGUAAGGUCAAGAUCAGUUCCCCUGCUAUUUCUAGCAGCGAGAGCUCCGGCCAGGGUAUCGACUGGCUCAACCAAUUCUUCACCGCUUGCAACGGCGAAUGCCAGGUCGACUUCUGUGCCGCACAUUGGUACGGACCUGGUGGCACGGACGGUGCUACCCUAUUCUUGAACCACAUUACGAAGGUGCAUGAGGCUUGCGAGAACAAGAACGUCUGGGUUACCGAGUUCGCAGCACAGAGCGGCGAUGUAAACACCUUCAUGAAGACCGUCGUUGACAAGUUGGAGAGCGACGACUACAGCUUCGUCGAGAAAUACUCGUACUUCUGGCUCAGCGAAGGCAGCCUCAUGAACUCGACUUCGACACUGAGUGACUUCGGCGAGAUCUUCGCCGGCACUGCGUAAAUAAAUUACUCAUUUUGAGUAGCACUACUUCUAUUCUAACACAACUUCUUGUUCCAUGAUUUUUAGGGGGGAGGGCUUCUGCAUCGCGAUGGAUUACCAAAAAUCGGAACUUUACUUCUUUGUACAUACUUCGGCUCAUAUCGAGUCUCCGGUAGAUAUCUGGUUGUAUGGGGUCACCCCCGCCAGGAUCUAGUCUGGUUUACAUGGAGGAUGGGAAUCUCAGGAAUCAGGGUAGGAUUCAUGAAGAUACGGGGACACAACGAAAUCAAUGAAAAUUGAAGCUUUUAGUCAAACUAA